UUAAAUCCCCACCCCUCCCAGCUCCUCCUCUGCCACAUCAUUUUUUACAGCCCACAUCCAAGAGAAAGGCAGCUUUUGGAGCAGUUUCUGUCAUUCCCCCAGGAACAGCUCAGCCUGCCUGCCUUGCUUGCUUAUCUACUUGUCUUGGAUUGCAAAGGCAUACCUUUCUCCUUCAGGAAGGAUGAAGGCUUAUUUGGCAGCCCUGCUGGCAGCCCUGCUCUGCGUGGAGAGAGUGUCCUCCCUUAUGUGCUUCCACUGUGAAAAUGCGGAGUCUAACUGGGACUGCAUAAGCAUGAAGUCAUGCGAACCCAAUGAAAAAUACUGCAUAACAAAAUACUUCGGUGGAGGUGUCGGUGAAAAACACAAACAGUCCAUCAGCAAGGGAUGUGCUGCCAUGUGCCCCCAGGGAGGAGUCGAUCUGGGUUUGAUGGCUUUCUCUGUGAAAUGCUGUGAGACCAACUUGUGCAACACAAGCGGAGCAUUCAGUGUGAAGAGCAGCACCCUGAUGCUGGCUGUGGGCACCCUGGCCAGUUUAUUCUACAUGUUUGGAGCCAGGCUGUGAAUAAAGGAGGACACCGUCACUGGCUGAUGUAGUUUCCUUCCAGGAAAAUGAAGCCUUUCCCAUGCAAAGCUGUUUGUUCGGUGGAAUUCUCUGCAUGUUUCCAAGCACUGGGUACAACCCUCACUAACAAAUAAACUCUGUGGUCCUUUGUAUCUCUUGGUUUACUUCCACUAUGUCUGCAUUGGUGAGGAGCUCUUUCUGAAUCAAGGGUCAAACUAUCUUCCUUUUACCAAAACAUUACAGGAUGGUGCAUUUCCAACUUGUAUAUCAGUAGUUCCCAAACAUUGGCCCUCCAGAUGUUUGGGACUUGAACUGCCAGAAACCCCAGCCAGUUUGGCUAACUAUCAGGAAUCCUGGGAGGUGAAGUCCAAAACAUCUGGAGGACAACUGAUCUAGCCUAGGUUGACCAUAUUUCCUUGAGACAAAAAUGAGACCUUGGGAUGGCAAAUAUGGGACGGGGUUAUGUUAUAUUCCCUAUUCAUGAAAAAGAAAAACGACAAUAAAAGUUUUAUUACAUGA